AUGAUGUCGCCAAGAAGGUCUAUGUCGAAUGAUAAACAAUUAUCCGAUAAUAUUUCUAGAAUGUGUAAUGAAUUCGGACUUGAUAUACUGACUGAUAAGUCAAAAUAUGAUGAAAAUUUUUUAAAAGGUUGUCAAUAUAUUGCAGCCUAUUUAAAUCGUAGAAAUGAAAAAAUGCCCGCAUCCAGUUAUCUAAAUAAUUAUGUGCAUGCAAGUUGUAAUUAUUUCUUUUACAAGCUAAAACUUCUACUGGAAUCAUAUAACGUUAAAGGUGAAAAAGUGAAAGAUUGUUAUUAUAAAAUGUUAAAUAAAUAUUCUGAACAAGUAUAUAAAGAUGCUUUUAGUGUAUGUAAGAAUGUACAUAUUUAUAGUGAACAUUUUAAUGAAACAACAUAUGGAAUGAUAAAAUAUCUGGAUUUACUAUAUUAUAAACUUUAUCUUUUAAAAAAAUAUACAGAAUAUUACUACCAUCUUAAGAAUACCUCUUUAAAUAGUAUUAAUUCUAUUUUAGGAAAUUGUAGAGGAAAAAAAAAUUUUUUUUGCCAUCAUAUUCUGAAAUUACGGGAAGAAUUUGUUAAAAUUCAGAUGGAUUCGGUUCGGAAACCUGAUAAAUCUAUUUCUGAAGAUCAAACUUCUCGGGAAAUGCGGUCAAAAGAAGCAGAACCAAUCAAAGUAAUAAAAUUUGAAGAAGCGAUACACGGUGCAGUAGAUGGGAUAGAUGGAAUGAUAGAACCACAAACAGAAAAGGUUCUAGCUAAAGCAAUAAUUACAAUAUUGAUUGUUUCAAUAUUUUCAAUUAUUGCACUUAUAUUCAUAGGGUAUAAGUAUAAAGAUCACUUACCAUUUUUACAAUAUAAAGCAUGGAAUAUAAUGGAAAAGAAGAAUAAACAAAAUAAGGAUGUGCUUAAAUCAUUUGUUUCAUUUGAAGAAAUAUACAAUAAUUCAAAGGAUAAUAAAUAUAGUAUAUCAUAUAGCUCGGAAGCAUAUUAA